AAUUAAUACGCAGUUUGGUCGAAAGCUGAAGAAUUGACACAAUAAAAACUUCACGACAAGUUCCGAUAAUAACCCUUUUUUAACUCGUGAAUUGCGCGCAUGCGCAAGAGCGAGUUGUAGAUACGAUGUGGGGAAUGGCACUCGCUCGCUCGCUCGAUUGGUCGAUUCCUGUAAACUUUUUUUCGAUUUUAGGCUUUUGAGUGCAUUUGAUAGUUUUUGGCGAGCAAUAAACAAACGAAAUGGCGACCUUUGUUGCUAAGAAUAGUGGUGGGGUGACAAAGAAGCCAAUGAUACUCUUAAAAUAAUUUUUUUUUCGUUUUAGUUUCAACAAAUGGCGCCAGCGACUGGCAGGCAUGCAAGGAUUCACACUGAAAUAACAGAACAACCUUCGUUUUUCAUAAAAUUGUAAUUUACAAUCCUUGAACUUGAAAACAAUCCGAAGAUUCAUUGAAGAUAUCACUUACUGCGAAGUGCUCGGAGUUUACAGAUGUUCAAAAGCUUUUUCUGUUACGGCGUGAGAUUGAGGACAAAAUCGAUCACUACGUCUCGUAUCGUGUGUUUUUCGUGUAUGAAACAACAGAAGAUGCCGGCGACUAACGAAAUUACAAGUUAACACGAAAAUCAAAUGACAGCUAAACAAACAAUUUUAGCUAUCGAUUUUCAGUAAAUUUUUAAAGAAUAAUUUUAUUUUAAGUUUCAAGACAAUUUGAAGAUUCAAAAUGCAUAUUACGUACUAAAAUGCGAAAGUUAUACACUACAAAAUUGAUAAAUAGCCUGAAAUGAAAUUCUAUCUUGUUAUUGAUUAUACGUUGCCUAGCACGUGACUAAAAUCUCUCUUAGCUUAGUUAUAUCACUCAAACCUCGUUCCCGUUUGUUUCAUUUGAUAAAGAGGGAAUCGUUAAUGUUUUCAUUAAGAAAGUAUUGCCUUGAUUUUCUAAUCAUGAUAUUUACAAUGAUAGACAGUAAAUUUCACUUUUCACCCACAUUUACUUCCAACCUUUUCUUUUGAACCACAAACAGAAAUGAUAUACGUUUAAAACACAUGACAUCAUCCACCCUUGUCAAAUGCAAUAGCAUGAGCAUUUCAAUUGUAAUGCCUUCUUAUCCCAACGUUACUUUGUUUCUUUGUUACAUUAGCGAACACUGAACUACUGCUCGUACUCUAGAUAUGACAAUCAACCACAAAAUUCUCUAAACCAGAUAACAUUAAACAUAAUCCAAAAAAUCAUGUGUCAAUUCACGAGUUUGCUCACAGAGCACUUUGAUUUAAAGAACCAAAUAUGCUCAGAGGAGAGGACCAUUAUCACGUGAUAAACACGAUUCACUCUAUGUAACAACAAAGGUGUUUGUGGAUUUCUGCAACUCUUUCGAUCACGAUGGCUGAUCACAACCAAAGGAAGAUAACUUGAUAGGUCAGAUUAUUAAUAUAAAUCACUCUCUUGGUGCUAAAUUAAAGCAAAAGGUCAGCAGUAACACUGCUCUACAAUUCCAGUCUCAGUAGAGGGGCUCAAUGUGACAUAGCAACUUUCUUAAUAUAAUUGUUCACCAGGCGACUGCCGCAAUUUGCAGUUUACCAGUUUUCCUAAACCUGGCUACAAGUUGGAGAAUCAUACGGUUCGAACUAUUGAAGUAUUCGACGAGGAUCUCUGCAGGUUACAAUGCUAUCUGGAACCUAACUGUGUCAGUUAUAACUUCCAUAAGCUAAGACAGGCGUCUGGAACACACAAGUGUGAUCUGAAUAACGCGACCAUUGAACACGAUGGAGAACUGGUAAAAAACGAAAGUUACAUUUACCACGGAGCUGAGGUGAGGAUGACGUUUUUAAGCCAAGAGUAUGAGACUUUUAAGUCGUUGAGGCCUUUUUACAAGACUAAGACUAAGCAUCCCUCGACCUCUGCCACUCCUCUAAAUUCUCCUUCCACCCACCAGAAUAUAGGUUACGAUAAUUGAACGUUUAAAAUGUUGAAAUAAAGAAAUAAGAGAGGCAUACUUUGUUAUUUACGAAUGACCGCUUAUGGAGCUGUUUUUUCACAUUUAUAAGAUACACGCAGACUUUGCUCUCGCUCUGAACAGUGCCAUGCUUGGAACGGGAACAAAUGUGCUCAACACAAACAUUUGCGUAAAUAACAAAAAAGCUUGCGCGAAAUACAUGGACAUCAGGGAAGACGCGCAGAUUUUACAAACAUGCAUAACAUUCAGAACACGCAAACAUGAAUACACGCGCAGAAGACAAGCACAAAAAUUGAAGUGGUCGUAUUCUUUUUCUUCUUAAGAAUGCUUGCGCCAGUAAUCCUUGCAGAAAUAAUGCAACGUGCCAAGCUGGCUUUACACACAGAGAUUAUAAGUGUUUGUGCGCUUUUGGAUCUGGAUUUGAAGGCCACGAUUGUGAUAAAGGUGAGGAAUCCUCUAAAUUUUUUUGUAGUCAGUAAAAUAAAUGUGUGGCCAUUUCUUAUCUGACAACGGGAACGUUAGCAUGGAGGCGAAAACACUUGCGGCCAGAGCACGUCAAAUACACACAAACCCUUAUAUAAAUGUGGCGCUCAUUUUGUUGUCUCAGACAUAGAUGAGUGUUCUAGUGAAACAAACGGCUGUGAUGAGAAUGCGGAGUAUAACAAUACCCUGAGAUCUUACAAGUGCAUCUGUGAAGAUGGAUUUCAUGGAAAUGGAACCAACGGCAAAGGUUAUUUAGUUGUAUCAAGUGAGUUGAUGACGUAAAAUAGGCCACCGUUAGUCCUUCGUCAGAGCAAAUGGGGGAAUUGCGGGUUGUGUGUCUGUUUAUAUCCGGAAAAUGGAGCUACGGUAUUGACGGGAACAUGGUAGCGAGAAAAUUAGAAUAAAGUAGCUGACUAUAACAUCCCAAAAAUCUACUAAAGCAAACAAACGAGAAAACAAUAAAACCACAAAACACAAGAUAACAAAAUAAAAAUAGGUUCCGUACAAAAGAUGCUUCUUUUUUAAUUCUCUAGACUUGGACGAAUGUGCUGAGGGAACACACAACUGUGAUGCGAAUGCUGAGUGUAACAAUACCCGGGGAUCGUACAACUGCACGUGUAAAGAUAGAUUUUGUGGAAAUGGAACUAGCUGCAAAGGUAAUUUGGUUUCAUCAAGUGAGUUGAUAACGUAAAAUAGGCCACUGUUGUGAGUUUAAAAUCUAAAGUUUCGAGCGUUAGUCCUUCGUCAGAGCAAAUGGGGGAAUUGUGGGUUGUGUCUGUUUCUAUGCGGAAUAUGGAGUUACAAUAUUGGUGGGAACAUGGUAACGAUACAACAAAAAUAAAAUAGUUGACUGUAAGAUCUCAAAAAUUAAUUAAAGCAAACAAGCGAGAAACAACAACACCACAAAACACGAGAUAAAAACAUGAAACAGGUUCCGUAUAAAAGAUGCUUCUUUUUUUAAUUCUCAAGACUUGGACGAAUGUGCUGACGGAACACAUAACUGUGAUGUGAAUGCUGAGUGUAACAAUACCCGGGGAUCGUACAACUGCAAGUGUAAAGGCGGAUUUCGUGGAAAUGGAACCAAAUGCACAGGUAACUGUUUAUAACAUAUCAUUCCAUCUUAUCUCUCCAUAUUUUUCUGGUGGACACAGCACCAGACUUAAACUUGUACAAAAGUGUAAUGUCCCUAAUUUCUGUAGGGUAUUCUACCGGCAGCAGGCCCAGCAGAACGAGCCCAUCAGCAUAAGAGACAUUAUUCAGUGGGUAAUUAAGAAUAAACUUAGUCAGAGACCUUUGGAUUUUCUCAAUUAAUGCUCCAUGUAUGACUGUAUAAUAAAGAGACCAUAGGCAGGAGUAUUAUUUAAAUUUGGGUCUGACCGCAGGACAGCACAGCAGCUUCCUUAUCUAAACGUCAUUGACACCGCGGAAAACUCGCCUGAUUCAUGAAAGGUUUUGUUGGCUUUUGAGGUUAUUUCUCCUGUAUGCUCUGCCCAUUGGAGGUCACGGGGAUCAGUGAUGCUUAGGUCUUAAGCGUAAGGUACACACUCGAGCGAUGUCCCUCUUAAAGAUGUGAACGAAUUUGCAUUUUGCGUCGUUGAAAGCUAUGCAGCUUGGUGAAUUUACCAGUUUCCGAGGAGUUACCAGCAAGAGUGACAGCAUAUUUGCGGUUGAAAGUAGAUUCUAUGAUAAUUACCAGAGCCAGUGCGAAGAUACCGUCAUGAAGAUAACCGUAUCUGUCGAAUUUACAGGAAUACUUUUUUUUGUAAGCGGUAGUGUGCAACAUUGGCAAUACCCAAAGCAAUUUGACAAUUAAUUUCUUAACAGUACGAUAACUUUCCCUUUCAUUUUGCGAUUAUUAUAAAGGAUUUACAGCAGUGUUUACAACUCUUGGUAAGAGUGGAAGUACGGGUCCAGUCCAAAUUGGAAGUCACUACGCAGGUCAGGAUCACGACGGGCAAGUUACAUUGUCCAGCGGUAUUCAACAAUGGACUGUGCCACACGCUGGCGAAUACAGAAUAGAAGCAAUAGGAGCCUCAGGGGGGUACGGCGAGGACAGUAUCAUCAAGAACGGUGGAAGAGGGGCACGAAUGAUUGGAAACUUUAUUUUGACCAAAGAUGAGAUCAUUCAUAUACUUGUUGGUCAAAAAGGAACAGAAGGAUGGACCAACUUAAAAACUGCUGGAGGUGGUGGAGGUACAUUUGUUGUGAGACGAACAAACACGCCUUUAAUCAUAGCUGGAGGUGGAGGGGGAAUCAAAAAUAUGUCAGAACAACAUCCGGGAUGUGAUGCGUCCCAAGACACCACUGCAAAUGCAGGGAACAACUGGCCACUGGGAUCAGGGGGAAGAGAAGGACAAGGAGGACUUACUAAUGGUGUGAAUUCUGGUUGGUGGAGAAUUUCCUUUUUAUAAAUACUGAGAAACUCGUUGCAUUCUACUGCCAUGCUUCACUAUCUCUAACUUAAUGAUAGAGUUAGUCGCUGAUGAUCAUAUUUGAAGGAUGUAUAAAAACCGUAAUUAUCAAAAUUCUCAAUGUUAAUUUUAGUUAUUAAUUAAGCUUUUCUUUGAUGAUUCCUUUGGAAGUGCCUCCUACAAGACUUAAGAUUCUGUUAAAUUUUGCUCUUUUCUUUUCAAAUUUCCUGCAUAUUUAUAUAAUUAUCGACAUCGAUCCGCGAAUAUACCGCAGGAGAUGACAUCGAAGAACUUGACAAGGCUUCUCAUUCGUCAGUUGCGGAUCUGGAUUAAACAGAGGCAUUAAAUAAAGAGUUAGUUGCAGCAUUUUUACGCUGACUUGUCCUCAUAAGCUUUUUUAUACUAAGAAUCUCCAUUUAUUAAACUCCAAAAAUCAAGAACUAAAGUACAUUUCGGAACACUGCAAAUCGCCGUUUGAUCGCAAGAAAUUAAAAUUGUGGGUGCUAUUUGUAAGAUAAUCACUGAUCGCUUUUUGAUUGUACUGUAGGUGGCGGUGGUGGCGGCUUCCAUAAUAAUGGGCAUGAUGCAACGAACUCUGGUAAAGUAGAGGGAGAAGGAGGUUCAGGAUAUCUUCAGGGGGGAAAGGGUGGAGGGUUUGUUGGUGGGUUCGGAGGUGGCGGUGGUUUACAUUUUUUCAACAAGGGACCGGGCGGUGGUGGUGGUUACACUGGGGGAAGUGGCGGGGUUAAUGAUAAUAUUUCCUGUGGGGGAGGGGGAGGAUCUUUUAACAAUGGAACAAAUCAACAAAAUGAAUGUUGCUAUAAUAGCGCUGGUCAUGGUUGGGUAAAUAUUACAUUUCUCCGAUGA